GUGAAUGCAACCAAAAUAAGCGAACAACCACCACUGUGGUUAGCUGCGAGGCACCGCCAUAUCCGAGUGGUUGAACAGUUGCUGGAGUGCCGAAAUAUUGAUAUUAACCAAGGAUGGGGCAGGUACUUUCUGCCACUAUUAGCUGCCAUCUUUGCAGGCCACACAGAUGUGGUCAAUACCAUCCUACAAGACCGUCGGGCGGACUGCAACAGCGUUAACAAUCAAGGGUGCACCACUCUGUGGUGGGCGGCUCACAAAGGGCAGACCAGCAUCGUGAGACGAUUGCUUGAGGAUGCCUAUCUGCAAGUCAACAUCAAGGAUAACCAGGGAGUGGACGCUCAAGAGGCCGCGCGGAGUAAUUAUCAUUUUAGUAUUAUAAGCCUCCUACAGGCUCACUGA